UGUGGCGCCCGGGGAGCAGUUGGGGGGGUUCGGUGCCUUGCUCACGGGCACCUCAGUUGUGGUCGGCCCGAGACUCCAACCCACAACCUUCAAGUUACAAGUCAGACUCUCUAACCAUUAGGCCAUUUGUAGGUUUUUAACUUUCUGGUUACACAGAACACAAGGAACACAAGUGCUGUGGAAACAUCUGGUCUUCUUUGUGUGUUUUUGUUUCAGAAAGCAGUUUUGUGUGUUUCUCUCCUAAAGUAACAGAGUUUCGAAAUGAUUUAUUAACAGAUAUGUUACUGUACACAGUAACUUCAUUGACGUCUUUGAUUCUCAGGACAGAACAAAACAGGCUUAUGAAAUGGAAAGGCUGUGCAAAUUUAAUUUAAACAUGAGCACUAUUUUCAAUAAAUACAUUAGUGGGACUUGCUAAAACCAAAUGAAUCACCAACUGGGCUUUUUUAUUUAUUAAAAUAUCCCAAAAUCACCCCACAAAAACCUGACAGACUUUAUAACUUCCUCUAAAAACAUCAUAUUUUAAAAUGACAGCUCUGAAUUUCUACAUAUUUACUUUGAAUCUUGGUUUUAUCCUUACUGUACUGUAUGUAGUGGUUUCGAGUAAAGGAUAAGCUUCACAGAAAUCCGGAUGUAUUUUAAUGUAGCCCAAGAUGAGAUUCAUAAUUAUACCACACUCUUAAAUAUAAAGCUACCAGGAACAACCUAAAAGGUUUUUUUUCAGUAAUUGAAUAGGAUAACCUUUUUAUUUAUUUAUUUAUUUAUUUAUUUAGUUAGUUAGUUAGUUAGUUAGUUAGUUAGUUAGUUAGUUAGUUAGUUAUUUUGGUUCCUGAAAGGAAUGGCAAAAAGUUCUAAGUUUUAACAUCUGUGGAGAGUUUUUAACAAAAAAAAAAAAAAAAAAAAAAAAAAGAUUGUGUUAAGGCUUUAAAAAUCUAUUUAAUCUAUUCUAUUCAUGGUGCAUAAAGCUUAGGGGGGGGGGUCUUUUAAGGUUCUUACCAAUAAUGUAAAGUAUUGGCAUCAGUGCCAAUGUUCCUGACAUCUUUACAGUGAUUUUAAGAGUAAAAGAGUGUAUAGAUAGAUGUAUAGAUAAAUGUACCCAAUAUAUAAACAGAUGCAGAUUGUGUAUAAAAUGUCCUUCAGGUUGUAAUGAAAUGCCAUUAAAUACUAAAAAGGUCAAAGCCUCUGCACAAGAGAGAUGUAUUAUACUGUCUUACAAAUGACCUUCUGUAUCAUUCACUGUUGUACAGGGGUAGGAUAACCAGCAAUUCGGACGUCACUCUCUUCUCAGCAAACCCCUCCAGAGUAACCAGAACUUUUUGUUUAUUCAGCUGGUUAUGAUCACACGCUGCCCCCGCACACCACAGACUCUAUUCUUGAAUAACCUUCUGUUCAAUGGAAACGUUCUAAUGACAUUAUCAGUUCUUUAUAGUACCAGACAUUCUGACAAAGUACUAUUUUAAAGCCUGCAUGGCAUCAAAAGACAUGGAGUCAUCCUGAAUGACGUGUUCAUGCCUAUACAUAGAGCCUGAUGUAUUUAACAAAGGUAAGUAAAAAUGUAGAUAGAGUCUGAGAUUAUUUUCAGUAAAACCAUGUAAUAUCAUUAAUGGCUUCUGCUUGUGUGUUGACGUUGGAGAAAAAAAUCCCAUAGAGCUACUUUAUUUUGUAUUGAUCGCAUCGGUCAUGAGAGUUGAUAUAUUUCCGUCCAUCAUGAAUAAUAGAUAUUUUACUUCGUAUUGUUCAUCCUUCAGAACUUCUUUCUCUGGCAGUAAUGAUGCAGACUGUAAGAGACAGUAUUACCUAAUUAGUAUACCUAAUUACUGAUAGAUUUCAGCUGUUGUCUUGGCUUUUCAUGGCAUUUUCCACAUCCCUUCUUUUUGUGUUGAAUACUUUAUCCCAGUGUAAUUCCAUUUUAUUACACAUAACUUAAAUUCUGAACUUAUUUGUUUUGUUUUCUUUGUAUACUUGGGUUGCUACCGACAUCUGGUGAAAGUUGUAUGUCGACAGCACCUUCAGAAACAGAAAAAUGGUGACGUGUUCAAUACUUAGUUCUAAAAUGUUCUUGUAUUAUUCCUGCUAUUCCUGUUAUUGUCAUUAAUGUAAAAGUAGGACAUGAGAAUGACAAUGAGCAGAACUUUGACAUGAAUACAUUCAUGCGGCCAUGUACAGAGUCAUGUUCGAGUUUUCCAUUAUAGGAAAGAGGAAGGAACUGGCAGGUGAUAAGACUGGUGUCAUAAAUUUAAUAGCCGAAAGUUGUUUAUGUCUGUCUUAUGCUAGGAUUGACCAGAGAUGAGGUAAGUUUAAUAUUCUAGUGAAGGAAUAUUAGCAUUAUUCAUGUAGUUAGCAUUUUAGUAGUGUGUUUCAACAGCAUCAGCUAACCUCAUACUAAAAGAAAAAAAAGUUGACCCUUUAUACAUCUUCUUGUUUUUGAACCUGAUUCCAAACAGAUGUAAUAUUUUAAUUAUUUACGACUGAUCGUUUCUGCCUAGAAUGUUUAUGUAUUUUGAUCUUUUUCUCCUUGAUCAAGAACCUGGUCACUUAUUCGUCACAUCCUUAAUUUCUUGAAUAAAUCAUAAAAGAAAUUGCAAAUCAUGAUAUUUUUUUACACGUGAUACAUGACAUAUACUGUAUUUCACAGUCAUAAGUGAAAUAUCUACUACUAUGAAUUUUAAAACUAUCCCCUUGUACUAAAACUAUCCCCAGUAUGUGACAUUUUGAACAAUUCCAGGGUGUUAUCAUGUUUACUUUGCUUUGUGUCUUUUAGGCUUUUCCCGGGGACAUGAUUUAUAUUUUCAUUUCUCUCGAGUUGAAUGUCUUUUUUCUUUAACAGAACAAAUGUGUUAUUGUAAUAUUUGGUGAAAGCAGUUGUAAUGACAGCUCAGUAAUCUGAGAAGGUUUCGAGUGGCCUUUGUGUUGUACAUGUACAUCGGCUUAUGUAGGGUGUUGUAGCCUUGUGGUUAAGGCGCUGCACUACUAAUCGGGAAGGUAGUGAGUUUGAUUCCCAUGUCCGCAAAUCUGCCACUGCUGAGCCCCUCAACAAGGACCUUAACCCUCAAUUACUUAGCUGUAUAAAAUGUAAGACACUCUGGAUAAAUGUGUCUUCUAAGAUGCUGGAAAUACUUAUAUGGUAUAUUUAGAAGUAUUGAACAUAUUAGCUAAUAGAAUCCAAAUUUUAUCAGUCCCAUUCCUGGUUUAUAUAAAUACACCACCAUGUACUGGGCAGUGGUGAGUCAGUGGUUAAGGCUCUGGGUCACUGAACAGAAAGCCAUUGAGCCCUUGAGCCGACCGGUCCAUGAGUGCUGUAUCAUAUCUAAUCCAGACUGGAUCUAAGGCUAUGUCAAGAGAAGACUUUUGUUCUGGUGUAAUGUUUAAGACAAAUAAAGGUUUUCUGUUCAAAAAUAAUAUACAUCGGCUGUAUAAUAUACACCAGUCCAUGUGGACAUAAAUUAAAUAAAGGAUAAUUUUUUUCUUAUUAUGGAUGCUACCCUGUUCUGAAACAAACAAACAAACAAACAAAAACAAAAAAUACUAGGAAUAGAUGUUUCUCUAACGGAAUUCAGGAAAAGUGUGUGUGUGUGUGUGUGUGUGUGUGUGUGUGUGUGUGUGUGUGUGUGUGUGUGUGUGUGUGUGUGUGUGUGUGUGUGUGCGUUAAGUAUUAUUUAAUCUCACGUUUUCCUGGAAAGGUCCGUGGUGACGCAUUCAGAGCGUAUUAUAAAGAGGCAGGAGAUCCUCCGCCUUGACAACAGCUUUGGGGAGAGACACGCGCACACUGCACGCUACUAUGGAAACCGUAGAGAUUAUCCUCACAAUGUUGGUGAUAUACAGCAGCACAUUGUCAUUUGUGCUCUCUCAAAACGAGACCACGUAUUUGCGAGAGAUUUCCCCUGGAAAGACAGUUUUGUGUAAACGCUGCCCUCCAGGAUACCGUCUACAGGAGCACUGCACGGAGAAGACGCAAACCGUGUGCAAGCCGUGUACUGUAGGAUAUUACACAGAGGUCUGGAACUACAUCUAUGAGUGUCUACCUUGCUCACGGUGCCGGUCAAGUCAGUUCGAGGUACAGAAGUGCACGAGUACGACUAACCGCAAGUGUGGGUGCAAGGAAGGCUUUUAUCUCUACACCUCGGACAUCUGCCGGCAACAUACUGUGUGUCCAACAGGACACGCUGUCAUACAAAAAGGCACUCCAUUCAAAGAUACAGUGUGUGAGCUUUGCAAUUCAGAUGAGAGGCUUCUGCAUCGUGGCAUUAAUCAAAACGUGUGUGUUAGCUGCAGCAGUAUCGCAAACGAAGGUUGGGUUAAAUUCAUCAUCCAGCCCUUUAUAGAAAUCUUCAAGAAUCACAGUACAAGAAAGUUACAGCGCUUCAUUGGAAACUUAACAAAUUCAUUGGACGAAUGUUCAUCCAAUAAGGAUUCCUGUUUCCAGAAGCUGGAGCAGUGGUUUAGUAAAUCUACAGAGGAGGAGGUCACCAACCUUCCCAAAAUGAUGCAGCAGUUCAAUAUAAAGAGUCUUAACCUGUCCACUAAAAUCGAGAAGAGACUUAAGACGAUCCUAGAUGAAGUCAAUAUGUGCAGAAACAAGUUCCUCUGUUCUGUUUUUUUUAAGUUCACAUUUUAUUUCAUUGCUCUUAUAUUUAUGAUUAAAUUUGUCAAAACUUGAAGUGAAACCCACUGCAAGAUUAAUGCAUGAGAUGUUAACAGUCUUAUAAAAGAAAAAUCAGAAAUAGAAAAAUGACUCUGAAAAUGUUUUUUAAUGUGCUUUUUAUUCUGUGUUUUAGGACUUUGUUUAAUAUUUAUGUCUUUUUUUUUUUUUUUUGGUUUGGUUGUAAAAUGUCUGUACAUUAAAAACAUUUUUAGGUGCCCUUAAGGUAGUGCCUCACUUUUUUCAUUAUGUUGUACAUAUAAAGCAAGUAAAUAGCUAAUAUGAUUAGUGCUUUGUACUGUAUCACUAAUAUAUUAUUUUUUUUCAACAAUACCAUGAAUAAUACAUUGCCAGACUGCCUCAUGCAACAUUAUUACCUCGUCGUGUUUUUUUUUUCUUUUUUGUAUUUUUUUUAAGUUGUUUUUGACUUCAAAAAUGAAACAUUUUCUAUGUCCACUAUGGUGUCAUGAAAUCUGCAAAGAAAUAAAAUGCAUAUAUACAAAACUAGCUACUAGGAAGAAGCGUUAUUGUUAGCAGCUAUUGACUGAAAUUCAGUCUGAUCCAUGUCUUAUGGCUAA